AUGCAGGACAAUGCAAUAAAGAAACGGCCUAUAGAUGACCGGCAAAGACAGAAAGACACAGAGAUUCAAAUAUCGAAACAGUUCAGUGCCACAGUUGCCCUUGACGAGUGCAGUGUAUGGCCGGCUGAAUGUGAUCCGCCACUGUCACUGUACAACCUGCCCCUACCACGCCUGUCCUCCCUACCACUAACACGCCUGUCCCCCUACCACGCCUCUCCUCCCUCCCACGCCUGUCCCCACUACCACGCCUGCACAACCUACCCCUACCACGCCUGUCCCUCCUACCAGGCCUGUACAACCUGCCCCUACCACGCUUGUCCCCCCACUAACACGCCUGUCCCCUACCACGCCUCUCCUCCCUCCCACGCCUGUCCCCACUACCACGCCUGCACAACCCUACCCCUACCACGCCUGUCCCUCCUACCAGGCCUGCACAACCUGCCCCUACCACGCCUGCCCCCCCCACUAACACGCCUGUCCCCUACAACGCCUCUCCUCCCUCCAACGCCUGUCCCCCUUACACGCCUGCACUACCUACCCCUAACACGCCUGCACAACCUGCCCUACCACGCCUGCACAACCUUUUUCCUACCACGCAUGUCCCCCUUCCAACGCCUGUCCCCCUACCACGCCUGUCCUCCCUCCCACGCCUGUCCCCUCCCACGUCUGUCCCCCCUACCACGUCUGUCCCCUCCCACGUCUGUACCCCCUACCAUGCCUGUCCCCUACCACGCCUGCACAACCUGCCCCUACCACGCCUGUCCCCCCUACCACGCCUACACAACCUGCCCCUACCACGCCUGUCCCCUUACUACGCCUACACAACCUGCCCCUACCACGCCUGCACAACCUACCCCUACCACGCCUGUCCCCCUACCACGCCUGCACAACCUGCCCCUACCACGCCUGUCCCCCCUACAACGCCUGUCCCCUACCACGCCUGCACAACCUGCCCCUACAAUCUGA